GUAUUCAAAAGGCAAUAUGAUAUCCACACACAACACAUCAGAAAACACAAGAAUCUCACCAAGUCAGAAUGGGAAAGGCGAUGAGAUUGUUUAGGGCCUUAUUGGGAAUGAGGAGAGACAAGAAUGCCGAUCACAAUUCAUGUUUACCUGCCGAUGGUGAAAACCAAGAGAGGAAUCGGUGCAGUUUUUCAAAAUCCGGGAAGGAAUUCACCGGCGAAGUUCCGAAGCUGCCACCGCCGCCGAGAAUGGCGGAUGCUGAUUGGCAGAGAUCUUGUCCUGCACAGGAACAGCGUAAUGAGCAUGCGAUCGCUGUCGCAGCAGCAUCGGCUGCUGCUGCUGAUGCUGCUGUGGCGGCGGCUCAAGCGGCGGUGGCGGUUGUUAUGCUUACCAACCAAACUAGAGGAGGUGGUUUGUUCAAUGGAGGGAAACUGAUUUCGGCUGCUCUCACAAUUCAAAAGGUUUUCAGAGGCUUUUUGGCAAGGAAGGCACUUCAAGCAUUAAGAAGUUUGGUCAAAUUACAAGCUUUAGUUAGAGGCUUUCUCGUUCGAAAACGAGCAGCCGCCACAUUACAGAGCAUGCAAGCUCUAAUCCGAGCACAAACCACCGUCCGAUCGCAACGAGCUCGUCGUUCAAACAACAAAGAGAACAAAUCCCUGCUGGAAAAGUCUCCGGAUAUCGGCGACGUGAGAUUUCUUUUCUCGGACGAAAUCGAAGACCCCAAAAUCGUGGAAAUCGACAAACUAUUCCAGAAACCCAAAUCGAGGUCCCGUCAUUUCAACAAUCUCCUCUCGGAGCUUGCCGACGACCGGCCGUCGCCGUACCUCUGGACAAUGGCGUCGCCGGCCAGAUUCUCAGGCGGGGAGUGGUGUUUCACCGGCGGAGAGGAGUGUGGGAGAAUGUCGACAGCCCAGAGCACGCCGCGUGUGCGGAACUACGGGUGGACGACGGCGGCGGCAACAGCGACGCCGGCAAGGGUGGUGUACGGCGAAGGGUUUUUCCGUCCGUUUACGAAUUUUCCGAAUUAUAUGGCGAGUACGAAAUCGUUUAAGGCGAAAUCGAGGUCGCGAAGCGCGCCGAAACAGAGGGCGGAGGGUUGGACGAAGAACAGAGUGGCGUUGAAUGAGAUUAUGGGAGGCAGGAACAGCACCAGUGGCGUGAGAAUGCAGAAAUGUUGUAAUCGGAUUGAAGGAGAUGAAGGGUUUGAUGAAUUCUGAUUUUUGUUGAGACAAGUUUGAAAGAUUGAAUCAGAGUGUUCCUGUAAAUUCAUAAUUUCUCGAUCAAUUUCUUACUUUUGUUUUUGUUUCUUUUACA